UAGACGCUGGAGUUUAUUAUCGCUCAUGGCUCAAUUCUGGACCUUUCUGGAUUCUGGCUCCAUGUAGGACGCGCGCGCGCGCGCAAAAAAGAAAAGCAAAGCAAAAACCAACCAUUUCGGACUGCAGGAUGCGUCUCUGCGCUGCUCUGCUCUCGAGCUGUGUCCAGGACCUGACGGGAGGAGAGUAGAUCAGUAGAUCCAGCAUCAGUGUAGAUCAUCCGAAUUAAAAUUCAGCUGAACUCUCUCUCCUGCUGUGGGACUUUUCAUCACGGACGGAGGUGGUCACACCGCCAAUGCCUUCAGCCGACAUCCAGAGAAAAAAAAAUCAUUGCUUCAUAUCUAAUCCACAGUGAAAAACAAAACCCCAUCCGGACCGGAACGCAAGACUAAAUGAUCCCCAGAGGGGUUUAACGCGCACAACACUUUUCCAACAUGUUUAAACGGGGCUGUGGGCUUGAGUUCCUGCUGGUGCUCUGUGGGUUGGAGCUAUCUUGGUCCUGCCCGCGCCACUGCAUCUGCUACUCGGCUCCCAGUACUGUCAGUUGCCAGGCCCACAACUUCCUGUCUGUCCCUGAAGGCAUUCCCCCCCACAGCGAGCGUAUCUUCCUCCAGAAUAACAAAAUCCACCGGUUGUUGAAAGGCCAUUUUAGUCCCACUACAGUAACACUGUGGAUCUACUCCAACAACAUCACCUAUAUUGAGCCCUCCACCUUUCAAGGGUUCACCCUGUUGGACGAGCUAGACCUUGGAGACAACCGCUACCUGCGUUCUCUAUCCCCAGAGACCUUUCAUGGGCUUAGCCGUCUUCAUGCCCUCCAUCUGUACCGCUGUGGUUUGAGUGCACUUCCUAAUAACAUCUUCCAGGGCCUUCGUAAUCUGCAGUACUUAUAUCUCCAAGAUAACCACUUAGAGUACCUGCAGGAUGACAUCUUUGUGGACCUACACAACCUGAGCCAUUUGUUUCUUCAUGGGAACCGCCUGUGGAGCCUGCAUCAGAACACCUUCAGAGGGCUGCGUGCUCUGGACAGGCUGCUGCUGCACCACAACCAGCUGCAGUGGGUGGACCGGCUUGCUUUCCAUGACCUGAAGCGCCUCACCACACUAUAUCUGUUCAACAACUCCUUGACAGAGCUAUCUGGUGAGUGCCUGUCCAUGCUUGGUGCUUUGGAAUAUCUUCGUCUCAAUGACAACCCCUGGGAAUGUGACUGCAAGGCUUUGUCUCUGUGGGACUGGCUUAAGAGGUUCCGCGGCUCCACAUCUGCAGUGGGCUGCAUGGCCCCAGCCAGUCUGGCAGGAAAGGACCUAAAGCAGCUGAAGAAAGAAGACUUCCCCAAUUGCUCUGGAUCUGAGUCCCUGCACCAGAGCAAGACUAAGUUGUGGGUUGGAACAGACAAGGUCUCACUGAAGCAAGAGCCUCAACCUGCCCAGCCUCCACAAACACGCCCUCACCACCCCCACCUUGGUGAACAAUUCUCCUCUUUGCCCACACCUUUGCCCCAACCUCCCCCUGCAAUCAAUGGAGUACAGACAGGAACAGGCGAUUCCCCAAAUGCAGUCACUCCUCAGAGGCCUGGUCGUUCUCGGAACUGCACACGCCAGCGGAGCAGGAGCGGCAAAGGGAAAGGCCCCAACGAGGUUCAUACUUCAAAGGAAAUGGCAGACAAGGAGUUUUCCUCAUCCGACUUCACUGGGAAAUAUGACCACACAUCCCCUGAUAGUUUGACCACACGGAGAAAGAAUAAAUGUACUCCCCGGACCACUGUGCGUCCCCCCAGUGGGGUCCAGCAGGCCACCAACAUGGGCAAUUCCCAGUGGCUCCACCUCCCUCUCUCUAGUAUUGCGGGACUUCUUGUGCUGCUAAGUGCUAGCUUCAUCGUACAGUGAACUUGAUGCUGGUGCAUUGUAGCUAAAUCAAAUCAAUGCAGUUCUCAGAUCCACUCUAGCUCCAGCCUUCCAAGGCCUCUUUACAUGAGUCUCUGUGUGUGCAAGUGCGUGUGUAUGUUUUUGGGUUGGGGCGGGGGGAUUAUUGUGUGUAUGUUUAAUAAUAUGUGUAAAAUACUGUUUAAGGAUCUUUGACAGUUAGACACUGAAAUAGACACACAUGCUUAAGCAUCAUAUGCACAUAUCUGUGAAAUACAUACAUAUGCGUGAACAUCAGAUGCCUAAUAUGAGCAGGAGGAUGGAAGAUUGAAUUGAAAGAGAAGCAGCCUAAACAUGCUUUCACUGCCAUUGUUGCCAAAAUAUUUUGAUUUACAUCUAGAUGGGUGAUUGUAACCUAAUCACAAAUUAUAGCUAAACAGCAAGACAUGCAAUUGGAAUAUAACAUGCAACUGAAAGGCAGGGUUGCUAAAGUGAAAAUUACUGUAAUACAAAUUAAUGCCAAUUCUAAAUUGUUACAUUCUGACAUAAACUUAACACAUUUACAAUAUUUUUCAUUACCUUUAAGUUCUUAUAUAAGUAAGUUGCAAAAUAUCAUCCAAAAUAAAGUGUAUUUGUAAAUCCAGAAAAGUUUUACCUUCAGCAUGUCCUGAGUUACAUUUGUUGGCAAAACACAUAAUGUUUUUUUUUUUUCUUUGACAACAACUGAAUGUAAUAAUGCACAUAAUUGCCUCAUCAUUAUGAAAUAUAAUUGCUGUGUAUUCACUUAAUCCCAGAAUACGGUGUGCUCAUUAUGGAAAUAAAUUAAUAAGUUGAGAAAGAUACCAUGUAUAACAACAUAGCACAACUUUGUUAUUUUUAGUGAAAUGUGUGACUUCAGCAGAUUAAUUAGGAUUAGCAGACAGAAACUGUUUACUUUCCAAUUUUAUCCUUCUUGUUAUUUUAUUGCAGUAAUGUGCUGCCAAAUAUUCCUUCCUAGAUUCACUGCCACUGAGGGGGAAAAAGGGACUCUUAAAAUGACUUACACUCAGCAUAGAGAACAUUCAGGCUAGAAUCUACUUUAACAUUUUACAGUGAAACACAAUUUGUCAGUUAAAUUGUACAACACACCCACACUGAGUAGAAAAUAUAAAAAUCCCAGAAAAGGCCACGUUGCUGCCCAAAUACUAUCCAUUUUCAACUAGUGCUCAUAUAUACUGUAUACCUUGGUAGGUUUGAUAUGUUUAACCUUUAGAUCUUUUGUUUAAAAAAUUCACAAAAAUAUUCUGCUCUCAUGGAUAUCAAACAAUUGCAAAACACAGGUUUAUCCAAAAAAAAUAGAUAUUUGUUAAAUAUAGGUGUGCAAUAUUUAUUUGCACCCCUAUGAAUUCAUAUUAGAAAACAUUAUUUGAAAUAUAUUCCCAUUUAUAUUUUACAUUUUGUAGUACACCUGGUGACUAGGAACAGGAAAUUGUUCAAGUUAGUUGCGUCUUGGGGUCAGAAAGUCUCCAAAACUACAAUCCGAAGUCACCUACAUCAUCACAAGUUGUUUGGAAGGGUUUCAAGAAAAAAGCCUCUACUCUCAUCCAAAAACAAACAAGCAUCGUCAGUUUGCCAGACACUACUGGAACUUCAAAUGGGAUCUGGUUCUAUGGUCAGAUGAAACCAAAAUAGAGCUUUUUGGCAAUAAACACCAGAGGUGGUUUUGCACACACAGAGAGGUAGCCAUAUGGAAAAGUACCUCAUGCGUAUGGUUAAAUAUGGUGGUGGCUCUGUGAUGUUCUGGGGCUGUUUUUCUGCCAGACGACCUGGACAUUUCGUUAGGAUGCAUGUCAUCAUGGACUCAAAUAUCAAAUAUCAACAGAUAUUAAAUUAAAAUCCUACUGCCUCUGCCAGAAAGGUUACAAUGGGCCGUGGUUGGAUCUUCCAGCAGGACAAUGAUCCAAAACAUACAUCAAAAUCAACACAAAAAUGAUGUGGAGAGAUUCUGUAUGGAGGAAUGGUCUCAGAUCCCUUGCCAUGUAUUCUCCAACCUCAUCAGGCAUUAUAGGAGAAGACUCAGAGCUGUUAUCUUGGCAAAGGGAAGUAGCACUAAGUAUUGACUAAAAGGAUGCCAAUAAUUGUUGCACACCGAUAUUUAACAGAUAUUUUUUUAUAAACCCGUGUUUUGUUUGCAAUUGUUUGAUAUCCAUGAGAGCAGAGUAUUUUUAUGAUUUUUUUUUUUUAACAAAAGAUCAAAAGGUUAAACAAUAAAGACAUUUUUCCCCAG